UAUGAAAACUUUAAUUGUGUCAUGCAAACUCAUGAGCCUUUGAAAAUCAAGAACAAUUCAGUGCACCUAUCAUCUUUCAAAUGUUUAGAAUUUAAUAAAUGUGACCUCACUCCUGAUGGCAUGAGGUGAUUUGACAUUAGAAGCCAAACAGCAAACUUUGUGAUAAUUUGGAAAAAGCCCACCACAGGAACUCCACAAAUUGAUCAUGGGAUUCCUGUGGAUAGUCUUACAUAACGCACAUGUUUGAACUGUGAUGAAACGUUAACAGUAAUGAUGUUUUAUUUAACCACUUAAGAAUUGAAAGUCUAUGUACGUUAGCUUAGACUAUCCAGUUGCUUAGCUGGAAUGUUUUGGCGCCAAUUACGGUCAAGAUUUCGGUCCUGGAUUUACGUUGACAAUCGGUUGUACAGAUCACUGAACCUCUGCCAAGCUAGAGAAUUAGUACAUAAACGGCGUUUGUCGUCCAAGAUAUAUCUGCAAGUAAUUGGUUCCCCUUCUAAAGACACUGCACCUAGUGUUUUGUUAUUUACGGACUCUGAAAGGUAUUUAUUUAACUGUGGUGAAAACUUUGCUAAGUUGGCUAAAAACUUGGAUUUGCCUUCUUGUCAUAAUAAGAUUUUUCUUACUGGACGACAAUGGAAACACAUUGGAGGACUUCCACAACUCUAUUUCCUGCCACAAACACUCUCUCCUCCUGGAAUUCAAAUCUUCGGACCUGCAGGGAUUUCAGACAUCAUGGAAAGCACUGAUACUUUUACAAAGAGACCAGAUGUUCCAGAAGCUUUGAUCAAGUGCACUGAGUAUGCUAAUCACCAUGAUAGGUAUCCAUACAUUGAUAACAAUGUGAAAAUAAAGCCAGUAUCAUAUCCCUCACAUGUGGAUGAAACUGAAUGUUCUAUUUGUUACAUUUGCGAAAUGACUGAUAAGCGUGGUUCUUUUAUGGCUAAUAAAGCUGACGCAUUGAGCAUACCUAUUGGAUCUUGGAGAAACAACUUGCACUGUGGGAAUGUUGUAACAUUGCCUGAUGGUAGAACUAUUUAUCCACACCAAGUUGUAACACCAAGUAUACCAGGCUCAUUAUUUGCUGUCAUUGAGUGUUUAUCAAAUACCACAAUGGAUGCUUUACUUAGCUGUGAUAACUUUGCACACCAUUUUCACUCAAACGACAAGAAACAGUUUGAGGUAAUGGUGCAUAUAACUUCAAAGUCUAUAUUUGAAAAUAAAAAGUACCAAGAAUGGAUGGCAAAGUUUGGUUCACAGACCACUCACAUAGUAUUACAUGAAAACACAAGAGCUUGCCUGAGUCCUUUUAAUAUCAAAAGUAUAUUAGAUGCACGUUUGUUUGGCACUGAUCCAGUUUUAUUUCCUGUUGCUUGGGGCAAGUGGAAAUCACCUAUUAAUCAAGAGCUACCAACAAACUGCCAUGAAGGACAGAUUGGCUUAAAAUACAACUUCCUUCCUCACAAGAAAAAGGGAAUUUGUUAUUAUAGAGUUUAUAAGCCCAAUUUUAAGGAAAAAACAAAUGCAUAUUUCACAGAAAGAGUGAGAGCACAUUUAAAUUUUUUUCAUUUAACUAACGAGCAGAAGAUAGACUAUUACAACACCCGUGUGACAUUUCUUGGCACUUGUGCAUCAAAGCGAACAAAAAGGGGAGGGACGAGCAGUAUUCUUGUAGAGCUGAGCUCUAAGUGUUGUUUUAUGCUGGAUUGUGGUGAUGGUACAAACUAUCAAUUGCAGCGUCACUAUGGUGAUGAUACUGACAGGAUCUUAUCUUCAUUGUCAUUCGUGUUCAUCUCACACAGCCAUGUUGACCAUUAUAUGGGGCUUGUCAAUGUAAUCCUUAAUCACAUGAACCUAAAGGAACAAGGCAAGGUUACCAAAGACUUUGUAAUAAUUGGUCCAGAAACGGUUUAUCAUUGGUUGCAACAGUUAAGCUCUUUACUGAUGGUUGACCUUAACUACAGGUAUUACACCUUUAGUGAUUUUAGAUCUGGAAACCAGAAACCAGAAAUCAGGAAUUUGCUAAGCUCAAUGAAACUGAACAAUUUGUCCCUCGUUCCUGUUUAUCACUGCGAAGAUUCAUUUGGCAUCACGAUUUCUCAUAAUUCUGGUUGGAAACUUGUCUAUUCUGGCGAUUGCGUUCCCUCACAAAAACUUUGGGAAGAAGGCAUUGAUGCCACACUGUUGAUUCAUGAAGCCACUUUCCUGUCGGAUUAUCAAAAGGCUGAUAAUGUUAAACACAGUACUGUAGAAGAAGCAAUGGCUGUGGCCAAGAAAAUGCGAGCGCGCUAUACAAUUCUGACACACUUUAGUAAUCGGUAUAGCUUGUCAGAUCUUUUGGCCACACCUUUGGCAGAUGGAGUAAACCUGGCGUUUGACCAUAUGUCGGUUCGUCUGCUUGAUCUACCAAACCUUAAAAAACGACAAGACAAAAUACGGCGAAUACUUUUGCCGGAAAAAUCAAUUUGUACAGACUCACAGAAUGACAUUAACCGAUUUUAUCCAAAUUAUUGAAGCAGUUAGUUUUUUUUGUUGUUGUUGAAAGUCUGAAGUGAAAUGAAAAUGAAAUAAAAAUGCACAAUAAACUUUUGUUAACAAAAUCA